CCGGAGCCUGCGGACAAGAUGGCAGCGUCCGAGGAGCACGAUUCUCCGACGGAAGCUCUCCAGCCGGUGGUGGAGGAGGAGGAAACUAAAACAUUCAAAGAUUUGGGUGUGACAGAUGUGUUGUGUGAGGCCUGUGAUCAGUUGGGAUGGACAAAACCCACGAAGAUCCAGAUUGAAGCUAUUCCCUUGGCCUUACAAGGUAAUUUUAGACUGCAAGGAACCGAGUCAUGAUCAGGUUACCUCAGGAAAAAGAGGUUUCUCACAGGGUUGUCUUCCAGGUCGUGAUAUCAUUGGGCUGGCAGAAACUGGCUCUGGAAAAACGGGGGCCUUUGCUUUGCCCAUUCUAAAUGCUCUGCUGGAGACACCCCAGCGUUUGUUUGCCCUGGUUCUCACCCCGACUCGUGAGUUGGCCUUUCAGAUCUCUGAGCAAUUUGAAGCCCUGGGGUCCUCUAUUGGAGUACAAAGUGCUGUAAUUGUAGGUGGAAUUGAUUCAAUGUCCCAAUCUCUGGCCCUGGCAAAAAAACCACAUAUAGUAAUAGCGACUCCUGGUAGAUUGAUUGACCACUUGGAAAAUACAAAAGGUUUCAACUUAAGAGCUCUGAAAUACUUGGUCAUGGAUGAAGCAGAUCGAAUAUUGAAUAUGGAUUUUGAGACAGAGGUUGACAAGAUCCUGAAAGUGAUUCCCCGGGAUCGGAAAACAUUUCUCUUCUCUGCUACCAUGACCAAGAAGGUGCAAAAGCUUCAGCGAGCAGCUCUGAAGAAUCCUGUGAAAUGUGCUGUUUCUUCAAAAUACCAGACAGUUGAGAAAUUACAGCAAUAUUAUCUUUUUAUUCCCUCUAAAUUCAAGGAUACCUACCUGGUUUAUAUUCUAAAUGAAUUGGCUGGAAACUCCUUUAUGAUAUUCUGCAGCACCUGUAACAAUACUCAGAGAACAGCUUUGCUACUCCGAAAUCUUGGAUUCACUGCCAUCCCCCUUCAUGGACAGAUGAGCCAGAGCAAGCGUCUAGGAUCCCUCAAUAAGUUCAAGGCAAAGGCUCGUUCUAUUCUUCUUGCAACUGAUGUUGCAAGCCGAGGUUUGGACAUUCCUCAUGUGGAUGUAGUUAUCAACUUUGACAUUCCUACCCAUUCCAAGGAUUACAUUCAUCGAGUAGGUAGAACAGCUCGAGCUGGGCGCUCUGGAAAGGCUAUUACCUUUGUCACACAAUACGAUGUGGAACUCUUUCAGCGCAUAGAACACUUAAUAGGGAAGAAACUGCCUGUCUUUCCAACACAGGAUGAAGAGGUUAUGAUGCUGACAGAACGUGUAACUGAAGCCCAAAGAUUUGCCCGAAUGGAGUUAAGGGAGCAUGGAGAAAAGAAGAAACGUGUCAGAGAGGAUGCUGGGGACAAUGAUGAUACAGAAGGUGCUAUUGGUGUCAGGAACAAGGUGGUUGGAGGAAAAAUGAAAAAACGGAAAGGCCGUUAAUCACUUUAGUAAAGACUUGAGUUUUACUUUCUGUUCUAUAAAGGAGGAUUGAAGGGAAAAAAAAAUGAAACCUUCUCCAACAGAGUUUCUCAGACUGAAAUCUGUCAGAAUUAUGUCCAGAAUCUGCUCAGCUAAUUCAGUACUAAUUUCCUAUUCUGUGUGUUGGAGUGUCAUUACUGCAGGAUGUCUUUUCACUGGCUGAUGUUCAGACUGUUAAUGCUCUUCAACCUUGAUUCCUUGCUCAUGAUGUGAGUAGGACAUAUUCUUCUUUCACUUCACAUAGACAUUUUGCCUUUUUUUAGCUGCAAGUCGAGGACUAGGUUGAUGAAGCACAUAACCUAUAAUUGUAAAGGAAAGAAUCUUCUGUACUUAUGAGAUAGUGAUAUUUAAGCCAUUGCAACUUGUGCUUUAUUUGAACUAACAUGGAAUAAUAAAUUGAAAUAUUAUUUUUAUCAGAUUCAAACUCCCUGAGGACCUUGGUGUUAACGGACUUUAUAGAUGUAAAAAAGUUCUUGCUAAUAGGUAAUAAACUACAGUGGCAGUUACAUGGCA